UGGCAAGAUGGUGGCAAGACGUCUUCUUCACCAGCUGGGCGCGUCGCAUUUCCUCAGUGGAUCACCAGCAGAUCACAGCGGAUCCCUGCUGACUCUUCUGCCUCUCCCAGGCUGGACCGAGCAGACGAUGGGUUAGAGCGACGCUCCGCAGGACAUCAGACACGUUUCCUCCCGCAGGAACAGAACCGGACUGGUUUCUCCACUCCGUGGGGCUCCGUCCCGCGGUUUGCUGCCAUGGCGAUGAGCAGGAAGCUGCUCCUGAUGGUCGUCCUGCUGGAGUUCACCAACGGCGUCAGGACGCCGCCGGCUCCUGGGACCGUCUGCAUGGACUCGGUCAACAUGAGACACGUCCUGCGCUGGACGCAGCCCACAGCAUCAUGCAACUCCACCGUGCUUUACUCCGUUCAGUACCAGGGGGAGUUUGAGCUUCUGAUCAAGAACGGCAGCUGGAUAAACGCUCCUGAGUGCCAGAGGAUCCCCCUCACCAGCUGCGACCUGACCUCUGACCUGGGAUCUGACUCCGACUACAGCCUGCGGGUCAGGGCGCAGUGUGGCUCCAAGAUGUCCGCCUGGACCAGAUUUCUGUUCAACAGGAACAACAUCACGCCUCCAGUUCCUGAGCUCAGGGUGACGGCAGCUGGCGACGUUCUGCUGGUGUCCGUCAGGAAGUUUCCUCUCACCGCCGUUACCAUGGUGACGAUGUGGAGGAAAGACAAAGAGCAGCAGACCCAGACUUACUCCAUGCCAGCAGACCAGGAGGUGCUGCAGGUCGCCGCCCUGCAGGAGGGAGCGGUGUACUGCGUCAAGGCGAAGGUUGUCCUGAAUCUGGACGUGCAGAGUGGAUUCACCGACAGCCACUGUGUUUCCAUCACAGGUCCUGGCGCUCCGGCGUGGAAGCAGCCCACCGCGGUGACGAUGACGGUCGUCGUCACGCUGGGCCUCCUGAUCGGUUUGUUCUGGUCGCUCGUCCACUGUCGCCCCGACUCCUGUCAGAAGUAUUUCCAGAAAGAGCCGCUGCCGCCGUCGCUGAACGGAAACUUCGCCGUCCGGAUUGCGAUUCCCCAGCAGAGGGAGGAGCUUUGUGAGGAAACGCCCCACCUGCUGAGAGGCGGAGCAACGUGACGCUACCUCAGCGCCGCUCUACCUGCACGAUUAUACAAGCUGUCAGGGCUGCGUUGUGAUCGCCACGGAAACAGCCGUCACCCCGGGCGACCGGGGGUUUCCGGGGUCCGGCUUACCGAAGGAGGCCGACCUCGAGGUUCUGCUGGUUUACCAGCAUGAGGGGGGAGGAGGUCAAAGGUCACAGCCACAGCAUGUUUGUGUUGUACAGACAGUCAAUGAAUGUUUUUAUAAGCUGUUCUCAGAAGGUUCAAGGCUCUGAAAAUACCAGAAAAAGAUCAUGUUAUAUUUAUAUAUAAAAAGUAAAACCGAAACUUUUCCCACCCUGAUAAAAAACGAGGAUUUGGUGAGUUACAGGUUUUUAUUUCUUUAUUUUCCACCAUAAAAGAUUUAUUUUAACCCAGUUUAUUCAGGAAUUGUGUAAACGUAAAGGUAGUUUUAUAUUAUAUUAUAUUAUAUUAUAUUAUAUUAUAUUAUAUUAUAUUAAUAUUAUAUUAUAUUAUAUUAUAUUAUCUCUCAGGUUUUACAUCAUAUGAACACUUUACCUGGUUUAGGUUCAAACUCAGAGAUCGUCUGGAAAAAGACAGAAACGUUUUGAUGACGGAGAAUUUAAACCUUUUUAUUGUCUUAUUGUUUCAACGUUCAGCUCUACUGCGUCUUUUUAUUUCAAAGAUUAUUGUUUUAUAUUAUAAAACUGGUUCUUGUUUAGUCAUAAAAAGAUUUAAAGAAUAUUCAUGAAUCAUUUUCAGGGUUUUGUUCCCUGAUGCAGCUAGUUACCAUGGCAACAGUUACCAUUUCCUCCACACAGGAAGUGAUGUAAUGCCCCGUUGCCAUGACAGUCUUAAAGCUGGACGUCCAUGGAUGCUAUAUUAUUUUUUUUACCCCUCCAGGGGGUCUUUUAUGAGCUCUAGUGUCCUUUAUAUGACAGUAGGCUGACAGGAA